AUGACUAUUCUUGUUGGAAAGCCCUUGUCAUGGGCUAUCACCACCACUGCAGGAAGUGGGUUCCUGCUAUUCGGCUAUGAUCAGGGUGUCAUGUCUGGUCUGUUGACCGGGACAGCCUUUACUCGAACCUUCCCGGAGAUUGAUACCACCGCAACGGGACACGGUAGUUCGUCAUUGCAGGGGACGGUCACUGCCAUCUAUGAGAUCGGAUGCUUCUUCGGGGCUAUCAUUGCCCUACUGAUUGGUGAACGUAUCGGUCGGCGGUGGUGCAUCAUAGCUGGCUGUAUCAUUCUUUCAAUCGGAGCUGCAUUGCAGUGCAGUGCGUAUAGUAUCCCUCACUUGAUUGUGGGCCGGAUUGUGGCUGGGGUUGGGAAUGGCCUCAAUACUAGUACUAUCCCGGUCUGGCAUUCGGAACUGAGCAAGGCAGCGAGUCGUGGAAAAGGGCUUGCGAUUGAGCUAUGUAUCAACAUUUUUGGCGUGAUGACGGCAUACUGGGUUGAUUACGGAAUGAGUUACGUGGUCAACGAUGCGCAGUUCCGCUUUCCUAUUGCCUUGCAGAUUCUCUUUGCCGUAAUCACCUUAGCAGGUAUUAUCGUGCUUCCCGAGUCCCCUCGCUGGCUUAUUGCCCAUGGCCGACACGAUGAAGCACGACAUGUCAUCUGGGCCGUCCAGCCCAACGCCCGACUCAUUGACGAGGACGACGCUGCAGUGACCGCAGACGUCACGGAAAUAACCACCGCUAUCGCUGAGGAGCGAGAGGCUACGCAAGAAGGUUCAUUCAAGCUGGUCUUCACCAAUGGCCACCAGAAGUUCUUCUACCGGACGCUGCUGGGAAUGGGUGGGCAGAUGAUGCAGCAGCUGUCGGGUGUCAAUUUGAUUACAUACUACAACACGGUUAUAUUCGAGGAUUCAGUUGGCAUGAGCCAUAACCUGGCGUUGUUGAUGGCUGGGUUCAACGGCGUGGCGUACUUUGCGUCGACAUUUGUUCCUAUCUGGGCUAUUGAUCGGCUGGGUCGUCGGAAAUUGAUGCUCUUUGCGGCGGCUGGGCAAUGCGCGUGCAUGGCAAUACUGGCGGGCACAGUAUAUGACGGUAGCCAUGCAUCUGGUAUUGUCGCCACGGUCAUGCUGUUUCUGUUCAACUUCUUCUUCGGUGUGGGAUUGCUGGCCAUUCCCUGGUUGUUGCCCGCCGAAUAUGCUCCGCUGUCUAUCCGAUCUCAAGCUGCGGCUCUCGCCACUGCUACGAACUGGAUCUUUACCUUCCUGGUGGUGGAAAUCACGCCAGUCAGCAUCAAGAGCAUUGGCUAUCGCACGUAUAUCUACUUUGCCGUGUUCAAUUUCUUCUUCCUCCCCCUGAUCUAUUUCUUUUACCCGGAGACACGGAACCUUACCCUGGAACAAGUGGAUCGGCUAUUUACCGGGGAAAAGGUCCAGCUGCACUGGCACGCGUCAAUGGGCGCCGUUGGGGAUGCCAGCGAGCGAGUGGAUGAGAAGACAGGCAAGGAGACUGUAGAGCAUGUAGAGUAG